CGUAGUACUUCUGUGACUGUCUUUUAAGGCAAUGCAUGGUGUUGUUACAAAUAUCGAAGAGGCGUCAAAGAGUACGGAUUCCAGCAGUGAAGAGUCUAGUGAAGAUGUUGAAAAAGAUGUUCUGAAAAAACUAACGUCGAUGGAUAAAAUGAUAAAUAGAAUAUUGGCAACGAUUAAUGGCGAAGGCGACUCAAACAUCUAUCAAGGGUGUCCGAAUGGAUGGGUGUCCUACAAUACAUCUUGUUACCUGUUUGGCUCUGACAAGCUGAACUUCGUUGCAGCACAGGCAUACUGUCAGCUACGUGGAUCUAAUUUGGUCAGUCUGGAAACUACAGACGAAAUUGCAUUCUUGAAAAAGUUCAUGAAGUCUAUCGAAGGAGAAGAAGAGGGUAUGACUAGGCGCGUCUUUCUGGCUUUGACUGACGGAGAAUGUGUCUGACAGCAGUUGGAUUUGGCAAGCAGAUGAUACAAAAGCUACUGUUUUCGACUGGGCCUCCUCAGAACCAAAUGAAGGAAGCAGUGAGGGUUGUGUCUGGUUUCAACACAUCAGUGGACAGACGUUACUUGCGGUCGAACAACGAGGCCAGUGUGUG